UUUGGUAUUCCCUUCUCUUUCUCUCCCACAAUCGAUUCCUCUCGUCGAGCUUUUUGACAAGAAUGGCGGACAAACCAAGCAAAGCACUUGUUCUGUACGGUGACGGCUUGGCUCGAGUCGUCGACUCGUCACAUACUCACAUUCAUUCUCUCGCUUCCGUCGCUAGCUGCGGCUUCUUGAGCCUCCCUCAUGCACCUCCAGAAACAGAGAAGGAGAGGAUAGUUCGAGAGUUCUCCCAUUUGCUGGAUGCUUCAGAAGCUUAUUCUAUUGUUAGUGGCCUUAAAGCUAAGGGAAGUGAACAUGAGAUCUCUUCUUUGUCUCAAAGGUUUAUGGGACUCAAGGCUGCUUUGGUCACGGAUAGUUCUACUCUGACUUCUUUCGGAAAACUGAUUGGCUUACAACUCAGUGAAACAUACCAAAAGAGUGAUUCAUCUCCUUCUGAUGCCACAGCAACUGAACUACUAAAGCUGCUUGGAUUUGAAGGAGGAAAGUGCUUGGACGUGAGCCUGUACGACUCGGUUUUUGUGCAUAUAGAUGGUGAUAACGUGGGAAUGCUCGACUCUUUGAUCGGUAGUAUCAUGAAAAUGGCUCAGCCGGGUUCAGAGAUUGCUCCUCGCUUGCAUCUCUCCGUUGUUCUCAGCUAUGGCUCUGUCACAGACAAAGAUGCUUCACUUUUUCCUGUCAAGACUCAACAAGAAGGUUUAAACCACGCUUUUGCAGGGCUUGUCCCGCGUCAGAGCUACACCAUGCGUGGUGAAAAGACACGUGAUGAUGUUCGAGACUACUGCCCUAUGUUGGUAGCUCAAUGGCAAGAUGGGGUGACUCGGAGAGACUUAGUUGAUACAUUAUCAUUUGAAGCUCUCAGAAAGCUCUCUGGAAAUCUUGUUAUACCAGCUGAUCGGUUCAUCCAUGAAGUUGCUUUCAAACUCUGGAAGGCCCCAAAAUAUGGAGCUUAAGCCAAAAAAAAAAAAACAAAUUAAUAACAUAACUCUUCCUGCUGUUGGAGUUGAUUGUGUAAUGAUCUCAAAGUUGCCAAGUUUACAUAAAGGGAAAGAAACAAAACAUGUUUCUUUCUGAACUCUGCAUCUUGUUAUCUUGUUUUCAUAUACAUAUAUGAUCAUUUUUUGUUA